AUGAGAGUUAAUUUUUGUGUUACCAAUAAGGAUAAUGGAGGUUAUCGAGCGCCGAAGUUUCAAACUUUAACGCCUAUCUUCCAUCUGGGUCUUCGAUCAAAGACCUCCAACAAUGGCACCAUCCUUCGAUUGGUGGGCCAAGAGAGCCAUAGAGGAACACCAGUAGUCGUCAAAAUGGAAAACCCAAACAACUGGUCCAUGGUCGAGCUUGAAGCCCCUUCAGAAGAUGACUUUCUCUACCACAACGGUGACGUCUCAAUGCCCAGUCGUCCCAAAGGCAAAGCCAGAAACAAAAACGCCAAACAGCUGACCUGGGUCCUCCUACUCAAGGCCCACAAAGCCGCCGGUUGUUUAACCUCCAUCGCCACCGCAUUGCUCAGCCUCGCCGCCGCCAUUCGCCUCCGUGUUGCUUCUGGCAGAACCGACACCGACACCGAAACCAGUGGUGAAAGGGUUACUGAGAACUUGACUGUGAAAACUAAGUUUUAUUCAUGUAUAAAGGUGUUUCUCUGGGUUUCGCUUUUGUUACUGGGGUUUGAGGUAGCUGCAUAUUACAAAGGUUGGCAUUUUGGUGCACCAGAUCUUCAAUUAAAGCAUCUGUACACAUUGACAAACCCAUUAACUGUUAAGAGUGUGUUUGAUUCACUUUAUUCAAGAUGGGUUUUGAUUAGGGUGGAGUAUCUCGCUCCUCCUCUUCAAUUUCUUGCCAAUGCCUGUAUCUUGCUGUUCCUUAUUCAGAGUUUAGAUAGGUUAGUCCUCUGUUUGGGUUGUUUCUGGAUCAAAUUCAAGAAGAUCAAGCCAGUAGCCAAACAAGCCACAGUGGAUCUAGAGUCUGGUGACGCUGAUGGUUAUUUCCCCAUGGUUUUAGUUCAGAUCCCCAUGUGCAAUGAAAAAGAGGUUUAUCAGCAAUCUAUUGGUGCUGUGUGCACUUUAGACUGGCCUAAAUCCAAAAUUCUAAUUCAAGUGUUGGAUGAUUCGGAUGACCCAACAACACAAUUGUUGAUCAAAGAGGAGGUACAUAAGUGGCAACAAGAGGGUGCCAACAUUGUUUAUAGGCACAGAGUGAUUCGGGAGGGGUACAAAGCUGGCAAUCUCAAGUCUGCUAUGAAUUGUAGUUAUGUCAAAGAAUAUGAGUUUGUUGCCAUUUUUGAUGCUGAUUUUCAGCCCAACCCUGACUUUCUCCAAAGAACAGUUCCUCAUUUCAAGGAUAAUAAGGAACUAGGAUUGGUUCAGGCAAGGUGGUCAUUUGUGAACAAGGAUGAAAACUUGUUGACAAGGCUGCAGCACAUUAAUUUAGCAUUUCAUUUUGAGGUGGAGCAGCAGGUGAACGGAAUUUUCCUAAAUUUCUUUGGUUUUAAUGGGACUGCUGGUGUGUGGAGGAUAAAGGCCUUGGAGGAGUCUGGUGGGUGGUUGGAGAGAACCACCGUUGAGGACAUGGACAUCGCUGUUCGGGCUCAUCUUCAUGGAUGGAAGUUCAUUUUCCUCAAUGAUGUGGAGUGCCAAUGCGAAGUACCUGAAUCUUAUGAAGCUUAUAGGAAACAGCAACACAGGUGGCAUUCGGGGCCUAUGCAAUUGUUUCGUCUCUGUUUACCUGCCAUUAUCCGAUCAAAGAUUAGCAUUUGGAAGAAGGGCAAUUUGAUUUUCCUCUUCUUCCUGCUAAGAAAACUGAUACUACCAUUUUACUCAUUCACCCUUUUUUGCAUAAUCCUCCCUAUGACAAUGUUCAUCCCCGAGGCUACAUUGCCAUCAUGGGUUGUCUGUUACAUUCCAGCUACCAUGUCAUUUCUCAAUAUACUGCCCGCUCCAAAAUCAUUCCCCUUCAUUGUUCCCUAUCUUCUUUUUGAGAACACUAUGUCAGUGACCAAGUUCAAUGCCAUGAUUUCGGGUCUAUUUCAACUUGGAAGUGCAUAUGAAUGGGUUGUAACUAAGAAAUCGGGGCGCUCCUCUGAGGGUGAUCUUAUCACCUUGGUUGAGAAAGAACCAUUGUAUCAAAGGGGUGUCUCAGUGCCCGAUUUUGGGGAAAUCAAGGAAGAAAUUAAACAACAGGGGCAGAAGACUGGGAAGAAAAAGAAGCACAAUAGGAUAUACACAAAAGAGUUGGCACUAGCUUUCCUUCUAUUGACAGCUUCAGCGCGUAGCCUCUUGUCUGCUCAGGGGAUCCAUUUCUACUUCUUGCUCUUUCAGGGUGUAUCGUUCCUGCUUGUGGGCCUUGACUUGAUCGGUGAACAGACGCAAUAUAACACCUUGCUCGAUAGAAGAAUUUGUGUGAAAAGGAUCAUCAAAUCACUUACAUCUUGGAGGUACGGAAUCCCAUUACAAAAUGGUGAUGUUCAUUACUACAUUGAAGACUUCAAAAGUGAAGCACAAAUAGUUUCCAAAAAGAAAAAGAAAAAGUGA